AUGCCUCGGUUUUCGAAGGUAGAUCCGACACCGGAGGACGAACCGGAGACAAACGGUACAAGCGGAACAAGAGACGGAGUCCAACAUGCCGAGCCUGAUGAGCUCACGCGGCUGUUGCUAAACCGAUUGGACUCGGACCGUGGUCUGCUGGGACCGGACAACCCGGCCGUCUCGCCUUACAACCUCUGGAGCAUCCGGUUCAUGAGUUACCUGACUAUAUUCUUCACCUUCAUAUCGUUGGUAUGGUGGAUAUUGAUGCUGGUGUUGUCAUUUGCGACGCCUCCGGGAUUCCAGACACGCGGGAGCGGGUUUCUGGCGUUUGGGUACGCGAGCCUGACGCUCGUGAAUAUGUUGUUGACCCUUCUGUUCUUCAGCGUGCCUGCUAAGCCCGUGAGAGUGUUGGCUGUCUUUAUGUCGGCUAUCCUCGUACUCGAUAUGGUUCUUAUCUUGUCUGCCCAGAAGACACGGUACGAAGAGGGUUGGGUCGGGGCCGUGAGCGUCAUCUGGGCCUUGCUCAUGAGCCUCCGGGCCCUCCUGACAGACCACCUCGUGAAAUGGGGCAAGGCCGAAGAGGAAGAACGGUUGACGGGCCGCGCUGAGACGAGGCGAACGCUCCUAGAGUGGACAUCCGUGAUGCUGUCCACGGUCGGAUACGCCAUUAUGUCCGCUGCUUUGUUCGUCAUAACCUUGAACAUCAUCUUGCGAGCCCUUGAUGCCGCUGUAGCGCCCCCGGGAAAGCUGCAUUGGGUCGACGGCAACAAGUACAGGGUCCACGUAUACUGCAACGGAAACAAGAGCGACAGUGUCCCUACCAUGCUCUUUGAGGGAGACGCGAGCACAGUGGAAUACGAGUUUUGGAACUUCGCGGACAAUGGUAUCAAGAACGGUUCUUUCCCGCGAUACUGUUUGGUCGAUCGGCCUGGUUACGGCUGGUCUGAUACUGCGCCGUCACCAUCAUCAGCUGGAUUCAUCGUGGAUGCGGUUAGCGAGGCGCUGACGAAGGCGGGCGAGAAGGGACCGUGGGUGUUGGCGAGCGGCGGAAUUGGGACCAUUUACUCGCGCGUUUUCUCGUCUCGCCACGGAGAAGCCGUAAAGGGUCUUCUGUUAGUUGAUCCUUUGCACGAGGAUUUCCUUGACAACGUCGGUUCACCGGGGCGGGGCUUCAUGCUUUGGCUCCGGGGCGUCAUCUCCCCGCUCGGCCUCGAUCGCAUCCCAGGCGCCGUGUUCCGGGGCCGGACCAGCCGAGACCGAGUGUACGGACGGGCGGCUUGGCAGGGCGGCAAGUACAUCCUCGCUCAGCUCCAAGAGAACUUGGUGGCCCGAUCAUUCACUCGGCGGGAUGUGGAUGGUAGCAGAGGCAUUCAGGACAAGGACACACCGCUGGUCGUCAUCAGUUCCGGCAAACAUAACAAGGCGAGCGGAUUGUGGGAGCGUAAGCAGCGCGACCUGACGAAGCUCACUAAGAACCUGAAGCAUUGGGACGUUGUGGACGGUGCGCCGCACGAGGUGUGGAGCACGUUUGAGGGACGCGAGAAGAUUGAGCAGAGGCUGAAGCAGUUGGUGCAUGCGUGA